UACAUGUACACAGCUAGUAGUCUUACCUUUAGAUGUAGACACUCACAUUUCCUAUUGAAUUUGUACUUAAAAACAUGUACUUAUCCAAGAUAAAAUAUCAAUUUUUUUUUAAUAGCUAUGCAUUGAGCUCCUACUCUUUUAUUUUUUUUUAAUUUAGUAAAAUGUCCAUUAUACUAAAUGCUCUCUCUCUCUCUCAUCAAUGCAUUUCUCCUUAUAAAACAUCUAGUCAUCCACCCCAAUUCUCAAACAUCAUCAGCUCUCAGGUACAUCUCCCCAAACUCAAUCAUUUCUCAACCCUAAUUUAAUUUCAGCCCCCCAAAAAACACACACACACACACACAAAAAAGAGAGCCAUUUUCAUCAUAUAUAGCAUAAAAAAGAAAAAAUGGAAGAGGCCUUGAGAAGGCUCAACGCAGCCCCCACCGCGAGGGGCUCCGCCAGCAAGCCCGCCGCGGCGGCGGCGGCGCCGCAGAAGCGUUGCGCGGCCGCGAAGCGGCCCCACCACAAGGACGCCCCCGGCGGCGGCGGCAACAACACCAUGCGCUACCGCGGGGUGCGGCGCCGGCCUUGGGGCCGCUACGCGGCGGAGAUACGGGACCCGCAGUCGAAGGAGCGGCGCUGGCUCGGCACCUUCGACACGGCGGAGGAGGCCGCCUGCGCCUACGACUGCGCCGCCCGCGCCAUGCGCGGCGUCAAGGCCCGCACCAACUUCGUCUACCCGGCCGCCCUCUCCCCCAACCCCGGCGCCGCCUCCGAGAAUCUCCUCCCUUCCUCCUUCGGCUAUGGGAAGCUCUCGUCUCACUCCUCGCUCUCUCUCUCCUCCUCCUCCUCCUCCUCCGCCGCUUCCCGCCAAUUCCUCUCCCCGCCCCAAUUCGCAAACCCUAAUUUCGAUUUCAGCCGGAGCUCCCUAAAUUCUCACAGAUUUCUGCUCCGCGAUUACAUCAGCGCGUCAACUUCCAAGUAUUUGGACGCGAAUUCAUCCUUCACCUUGAGCUCGGAUUUCUCUAGAAACUCCUUCAAUCUCACGGGAUCUUCUUCGUCACCUUCUUCUCUGUGCGCCGCCGCCGCCGUAGUCUCCGACGCCGCCUUCAACGGCGCAGAGAACACCGAGAUUAACAAAAGCUGCGAAUCUCAAUGGAACGACAAUAACUGCAUGGAUUUCUUCCCAGCCGAGAGGUCUGAUUCCGGCUUGCUGCAUGAAGUCUUGAACGGAUUUCUCACCAACUCGGUGAAGAAGGAGGAGUUUUCUCCACCGCCGCCGUCGCCAUCGCCGCCGGCGGUCAAGCGCGAGGAAUACCUAGCUGAUUACGGCGGCGCUUCGCAGUUUGGGAACAUUUUGAAUUCGGCGAGCAAUUUUUUCGGAUUUGAGAGUGAAUUUGAGGGAUUGAAUAAUCAAUCAAAUGGGAAUAUUCUAUCGGAGAUUUUCAACUACCAAGAAGGUGGGAAUCUGCUUGAAGCGAACAUGCAGAAUGCAUGAAUUAGCCAACUCGCUUUGUUUAAUUUGCAAUAGAUUUCUUCAUUCUAAUUAAGGAAUAUCAUUCCCUGUAUUUAAUUUCUUGUAUGUUGAAAUGUAAGAUUUUAAUUUAAUUAUUCGGUUAAUUGAAAUUAUACAUUUUUAUA